GUGUGUGUACCAAUAAUAUAUGGUGCAUCAUCAUUAUACAAGAAGGAUUGGUUUAGGGAGGUUUUCACUAAAUUACAUAUAUUCAAUCCAGAUGUAUCACCUGAUAAGGAUAUAUUCAACUUACUCAAGGAAGAUGUUACCACUCCUCAUAGACAUCAUCUUAAAGGUAUGACCCCUGAACAAUAUUAUCUAGCAGGGAUGUUGGCACCUUACUUAACCCAUAUAGAUCAGAGUUACAACUUUGAGAUUCAACUUCAUGGUGGUGUACCAUUAACACAUAAAUGGCAACAUAUGAGUUAUGAUGAUAUUAAGAUAGUACAUUAUUCUGGUGGGGAGAUACAAUCAUCUAUAUAUCCACAAGUAUUCCUAGGUAGACAGGAUAAAUAUAUGCCUAAAAAGUUAUUCAAUACCUUACCAUGGGAUGUACAAGAUUUAGCACAUCAUCGUGCUAAGGCAGCUUGGAUAGAUUUUAAUAUCAAUCUAGCUCAAGCCGCAUCAACAACUGUAAAGAAGACCAGGGAUGGUUAUAAUAAGUCAAAUAUGACCCUUAUGGAUAUUGUAUUGGAACGAGGAUUAAUAGGAGGAUACUAUGAUGAUGAUGAUGAUGAUGAUGAUGUGGAUGAUGAGUGGUAUUGUUAUGAUGAUGAUAAGAGUAGUGAUCAUAAUGAGGUAUCCGAUACAGCCUAUAAAGAUACUAUCCAAAUAGGAGAUUCCUUCAUAGAUGAUGAUGGUGAUUCAAUAAUACAAUGGUUGUUGGUUAAGAUCAUACUACACGACAAUAUUACUUACAUUGGAAGAGGCUCGGAAGGCUACAUUGAAUAA